UCUCGUCAUUUGGUUUCCAAAUGUCAAACAAACAAAACAGCAACCAGCCGCAGUGCGAGUGAUUUUUAAGAUUUAACUUCAAAUAUACUUUAUUCAUUAGGAAUCUAUUUGGGUAUAACUGCGUCCGAUAUUUCAUUUCAUGUAGUCAGUAGUUUUUGAACAGUGUCUGUGAAUCGGCCGACUACAACGGAAGUAUAUAAUGACUUCGGUUUGUUAUAAUGGGGCUAAUGACAGACUUAUACAUGAGGCUGAUCAACUGAUAUCUUACAUAGAACGUGGAUCUACAGUGCUCAAGUUCUACCCUAGAAAGAGACCAGAACGCAAGUCACUGCUGGUGAGACGAGAAACGCACCAAGUGAUAUGGUUCCGCACUGGAGCGCCGCAACGGCAAGCCUAUGAAGGAGCCCUGGAUAUCAGGGAUGUGAAAGAAGUUCGUGUCGGGAAAUCCUCAAAAGACUUCGAACGGUGGCCCGAAGAAACAAAAAGGCUUGAGCAGUCCAAAUGUUUCACUAUUUAUUACGGCACAGAGUUCAAAUUGCGAUCGGCAUCCUUCGCAGCACAAACAGAUAAAGAAUGUGAAGCAUGGGUAAAGGGUGUGAGAUUCCUUGUAGAAGAAGCUGUUAGUGCUUCUUAUCCACUGCAAAUAGAGAGAUGGCUGAGGAAAGAGUUUUAUGCGAUUGAAAACUCCCAUGAGAAGAUAACAUUGAAAGAAGUUAAAGCGUUCUUACCAAAAAUUAAUUGUAAAAUAUCAACAAGUAAAUUACGUGACAUAUUUCAAGAGGUUGACACAGGAAAACGUGGCGAAAUUGGGUUUGAUGAUUUUUCCAUAUUGUAUCACAAAUUAAUAUUUGAUGAAAAUAAUGUUCAUGAUAUAUUUGAUAAGUAUAGCAACUAUUGUUCCAAUGGCACUACAAUAACAUUAAGAGAAUUCCAAAGGUUCCUUUUAGUAGAACAGCAUGACAGGCUAGGGGAAGAUGAGUUAAAAGCAUCACAGUUUAUCAGAGAUUACCUAAGAGAUCCACAGAGGGAUAUCUACGAGCCAUAUUUUACUUUAAACGAAUUUAUUGAAAUGUUAUUCUCAAAACAAAAUACAUUAUGGGACAGUAAACAUGACAAUGUAACUCAGGAUAUGACUAGACCUUUAUCUCAUUAUUGGAUCUCAUCAUCUCAUAAUACGUAUUUGACUGGCGACCAGUUUUCCAGUGAAUCUUCUUUGGAAGCGUAUGUACGAUGUUUAAGAUCUGGUUGUCGAUGUAUUGAAUUGGACUGUUGGGAUGGGCCCGAUGGUACUCCCUUUAUUUACCAUGGCCAUACACUCACCACUAAGAUUAGAUUUAUGGACGUACUCCGCACAAUAAAAGAACACGCUUUUAUAACAUCAGAUUAUCCUCUGAUAUUAUCAAUCGAAGAUAACUGUUCUUUACCACAGCAAAGACGGAUGGCGAGCGCGUUCCAAGAUGUAUUUGGAGACAUGCUGUUAACUCAGCCUAAUGAGAAAAAUGAGAUUGCUCUUCCUUCACCUCAUGAUUUGCGCAGAAAAAUUAUUUUAAAGCAUAAAAAGCUACCAGAGGGCGUAGAGGAGAAUUCAUUUGCUGUCCGCCAAGAAGAAGGCAAAGACUUAGAUUUGAGGAAUUCUAUUAAGAAUGGCAUAUUACUUUUAGAGGAUCCUGUGGAUAAGGAGUGGAAUCCUCACGCCUUCGUUUUGACUGAAACUAAACUUUAUUAUACUGAAAACUACAGCACUCAACGUGAGGCUGAUGCAGACAGUGAUAGUGAACCAGAGGGAGAUGGUAAUUCAAGUAUACCACAAGAUGAACUCCAUUUCGGUGAAUGCUGGUUUCAUGGUAAAUUAGCAGGGAACAGACAAGAAGCUGAGGAUCUUCUUCGGGCUCAUGCUCAUCUCGGUGAUGGCACUUUUCUGGUCAGAGAAAGUGUGACAUUUGUAGGCGACUACUGUCUGUCAUUUUGGAGACAGGGCAAAGUGAAUCAUUGUCGAAUAAAAUUAAAACAGGAGAGGGGUGUUACCAAAUAUUAUCUCAUUGAUACUGUAUGCUUUGAUAGUUUGUAUAGUUUAAUAACACAUUACAGACAGCAUCCUCUACGUAGUCAGGAGUUUUUAAUCACUCUGAAAGAGCCAGUUCCACAACCCAACAAGCAUGAAGGCAAGGAAUGGUUCCAUCCGCAUUGCACGCGUGCACAAGCCGAGGAACUUUUGCGGAAAGCUAACACUGACGGCGCAUUUCUAGUCAGGCCUAGUGAGAAAGAGCAAGGCUCAUUCGCCAUCAGUUUUAGAACUGAAAGAGAAAUAAAGCAUUGUAGAAUAAAACUUGAGGGUCGCUUGUAUACAAUAGGCACGGUGAAGUUCGAAAGCCUCGUAGAGUUGGUAUCGUACUAUGAGAAACAUCCUCUAUAUAAAAAAGUGAAAUUGUGGUUCCCGAUCAGCGAGGAUAUAGUUAGGAGAAUUAUUUCUGAACCAGACGACAGUUCCGUUUAUGGUACACCUGGUUACAUGGAUCCUACAUCUUUCACAUCCAAGGUGACUGUCAAAGCUUUAUAUGACUAUCGAGCCCGACAAGAGGACGAGUUGUCGUUCUGUAAACACGCCAUAAUAACUAACGUGGAUAAACCGGACGAAGGAUGGUGGCGAGGAGACUACGGUGGAAAACGGCACCAUUGGUUCCCGGCCAACUAUGUACAGGAGAUUGAAGUGCCCCAUAUGCCUGAUAUUGCUGGUUGUCUAGAGAAUGAGACCGCGGCUCUAGGGUCACUCCAGAAAGGGGUGGUUGAUGUGCUAGGUGCUGUAGUGGAAUUGGUUGUCGGUGAAGAGAACGGCUCCUCCAGAUGGCUGGUGCGUAUACAGAGCCCUUCUAUGUGUGCACCGUUCGAUAUGGCAGCGCCCAGCAACGAGAUAGCUCUCGAGUGGUUGUCCGCUAUCAAGGAAGCCGCACAAAGCGCCAGUGCUCGUUCCCUACAACAUCGGAAAAUGGAGCGUACGUGGAGAAUCGCAAAGGAAAUGUCCGACCUCAUAGUUUAUUGUCGUUCGGUCGCGUUCAAUCAGGAUAAACUACGUAAUAAGGGCUUCAUCUUUAAUGAAAUGUCCUCUUUUCCCGAAACUAAAGCGGAGAGGCUGAUGUGCCAACAGGAGAACUCGUUUUUCCUCAAGUACCACACUAUACAACUGAGCCGGAUAUAUCCAAAAGGCCAAAGGAUAGACUCGUCGAAUUACAAUCCGGUUCCAUUCUGGAAUUCCGGUUCGCAGAUGGUUGCCUUGAAUUACCAGACGGCGGACAAACCAAUGCAAAUAAAUAUGGGCAAGUUUAAAGAGAACGGUGGUUGUGGUUUUAUCCUGAAACCGGAUUUCAUGUUUGAGGAGGUUUACAAUCCGUACGAGAAGCGCAGUAUAGAGAAGAAAGUGAGACCGUUGUCGGUGAUGCUGCGUGUGAUCGGCGCGAGGCAUCUCUGCAAGUCCGGCCGGGGUACCGCGAGCCCAUUCGUUGAGGUGGAGCUGAUUGGUGCGGAAUACGAUAGUGGGACAAAACUGGUCACCAAGACUGUCGGCGAUAACGGCAUCAACCCGAUUUGGAAUGAUAUGGUGGAGUUUGAAGUGGCCAACCCGGACUUGGCGCUGAUUCGGUUCUUAGUCCAGGACGAGGAUAUGUUCGGAGAUCCCAACUUCAUCGGGCAAGCAACGUUUCCAUUGAAAUGUUUACGUACCGGCUACCGCAGCGUACCUCUCACCAACGGUUUCUCUGAGGAACUAGAGUUAUCAUCUUUACUUGUUCAUAUAAGACUACAUUAUCACUAGGUAAAUGUCAAAUUUUUUAAAUUCCAAUUAUUGCAGCUGACAUAGGGUUUAAAAGCUUAUAGUGGAUUUAGACCAAGCGAGCGAACACUUAUUAUAUCGCUCUUUAUAUAUAUAUAU